UAUAUAUAUUAAAGGACGGUAUAUUAAAGAGGUCUGCGAAGGUUGCUCAAAAAAAAAAAAAAAAGAGGGCUGCGAAGAAAAGGCCCUCAGGAGCUUCAGCCUUAUUCAGAGUGGGGAGAAGGAGAAAAGAGGUUAGGAAAAAAUGGAUUAUAUGAAUGGACCAGGGAGACACCAUCUGUUUGUACCAGGACCAGUGAACAUACCGGAACAGGUAGUCCGGGCGAUGAACCGAAACAACGAGGAUUACCGCUCACCAGCAAUCCCGGCACUUACGAAAACAUUGUUGGAGGACGUGAAGAAGAUAUUCAAGACAACAUCUGGGACACCAUUUAUGUUUCCCACGACCGGGACUGGUGCUUGGGAGAGUGCCUUGACUAAUACGCUAUCUCCUGGAGACAGGAUCGUCUCGUUUCUGAUCGGACAAUUUAGCCUGCUUUGGAUUGACCAGCAGAAGAGGCUAAAUUUCAAUGUCGAUGUGGUUGAGAGUGAAUGGGGACAGGGUGCUAAUCUCCAAGUCCUGGCCUCAAAGCUCUCACAAGACCAAAAUCAUACCAUCAAAGCCAUAUGCAUUGUCCACAAUGAAACCGCCACUGGAGUCACCAAUGACAUCUCUGCUGUCCGAACCAUCCUCGAUCAUUACAAGCACCCGGCUUUGCUUCUUGUGGACGGUGUCUCGUCCAUAUGUGCGCUCGAUUUCCGAAUGGAUGAAUGGGGAGUGGACGUGGCCUUGACUGGCUCGCAAAAAGCCUUAUCUCUGCCAACAGGCCUUGGGAUUGUGUGCGCCAGUCCAAAAGCUUUGGAAGCAACCAAAACUUCAAAGUCUCUCAAAGUCUUCUUUGAUUGGAAUGACUAUCUCAAGUUUUACAAGCUCGGAACAUAUUGGCCAUAUACACCUUCCAUUCAACUCCUAUACGGUCUGAGAGCUGCCCUUGAUCUUAUCUUUGAGGAAGGACUUGAUAAUGUCAUUGCCCGUCACGCUCGUUUGGGAAAGGCCACCAGGCUGGCGGUGGAAGCGUGGGGCCUGAAAAACUGUACACAGAAGGAGGAGUGGAUAAGUAACACAGUGACAGCAGUCGUCGUGCCACCGAAUAUAGACAGUACGGAGAUUGUGAAAAGGGCGUGGAAAAGGUACAACCUAAGUCUUGGUCUUGGUCUCAACAAAGUGGCGGGAAAAGUUUUCAGAAUUGGGCACCUUGGAAACCUUAAUGAGUUGCAACUUCUUGGGUGUUUGGCUGGAGUGGAGAUGAUACUGAAGGAUGUUGGGUACCCGAUAGUAUUGGGAAGUGGAGUUGCAGCUGCCUCUACUUAUCUUCAGCACCACAUCCCUCUCAUUCCUUCUAGGAUCUAAUUCAUAUCCCUGUGUUCUCUGUCUUUCUUCUCUCCCUCUCAAUGUAUAACAAAACUCUUUGUUUUCUCUUUUCUCCACUUCUUUUAUAUAUUACUAAAUUAUCUAUCUUUUAUGUGCAAUUAUUUCCAACAAACUUAUUAAAAAAGGUCAAAUGUAUUUCUUA